GUAAUAGUGGGACAUUCUCUGGGUGCUGGUACAGCAUCGUUGUUAUCUGUUCUCCUCAAACCAUCUUAUCCUGGCUUAAUUUGCUUCUCCUACUCCAACCCCAGUGUCCUGAGGUAAGUCAUAACAUUCAGGGCUAAGUUGUUCCAAACCCAGUCAGCGGUAAUCCUUGGUUAACGACAAACAGAGCAUAUGAGUUGUCAUGGCAACGUUAUACCCCGGAUUGGCGCUUGGCAUCAUUCAUGGCCAUACAAAUAAAGGAAAUGAAGAUAAAUGAAAUUUCUCUCCAUUGUUUGUUACGACACAAAAGCUACCUGGGCCAGGUAUUUAAAAUGUCUCACAAGUGUUUAACACGUGAAAGAUCACAACAGUCAUGUACGCUAUUGACCAACAGGAGGGCAUUUUGUAUACGCAUGCGUCAAUAUGGGCUGUUGAAGGGCCACAGAGGCAUUUUCUGUGAAUUGUUUACAUUCAGUACCAGCAUUUGCAGGCUGUUUUCUGGGGCUGAAUGACGUGUAUUGGGUGCUACGUUCCACAAACAUGUUCUUUAAGGUGUCGAGGUAUUUCUACGAUGAAAGUGAGUUUAUUGUACCUUCGCUGUCGCCCUUGAGAGGACAGUCUUUCCUUUCGUAAAACAGUACAUCGAAGACAAGAUGGCGGUGGAAUGUUCUUAUCAACUAACAUUUCGCGCACAUUUUUUGAGCAGGAGGAAAAGGUCAGUAUGAUAGUUUUUCGUUAAACAAUUAUCCUAUAGAUACUUAAUUCUUCUCAAUAGUAUAACUCCAAAAUCGAACUUAAUCGUUUCAGGAAUACAGUGGCUAAUUAAGUGUCCAUUCGGCCGUGAAACUGUUUUUCACCCUUUCUCUGGCUUGUUUAUCUCGAAAUCUUGCCUUUCUCCCCAGAUUAAGUUAACGAUUAAUGAAACUAAGAAUACUUCCGCGAAUGAAUGGCGCUUUGAUGAAGACUGUGAAAAAUCGCCUUCUGCAGUAAUUUUAGCCUUCUUCUCCGGUACGUCUUCGUUGAGAAAUAAAAUACACGCACUUCAACUAUAAAUUUAAAUUAAAAUAAUAAAGCCAGUAAGAACUGUUUUGAAAAUACGAAUAUUCUAUCAUUAAGGUAUACAAAGGAAAAAAAAUUGUAGCAAUCGGUUUGAAUUCUGAUUUUUUCCACCUUAUUUUGAUGAUACACUGUUUGUUUACAUUUCAGUAUGCAAAUAAAUAUAACAUUUUGGCGUUUUAAAGAAAAUCUAGCCUAACUCCCCAACCCCAAAAUAGCACGAAAUGAAACGUUAUAAAUACACCUUUUAAAUAAAUCCUGGCUUCUGCUGCAGAAAAAUCGCAUUUAUUCCUAAAUGAUACCAUUUUGUGGAUACUACAUUUGUUGAUAUGCUAAUUUGUGAGACAUUUCAUUCACGAAGGAUGUUGACUGAGACCAGCUUCUCCUCUGUAUUGAUCCACAUUCUUGUUUAAUGCAUCAGUUUCUGCUUGAUAAUUCUUCCAUGAUGUACAACUUACGUAAGGGGUUCAUCUGGAUACAGUAAAAAGCUCUCAACAGAAACAUUAAUAACAGACAAAUUUAUCCAUCCAUUUGUGCCAUGUUUGUUGUCGUAUGCAGCUCAUUUGGGUCCUUUAGCAGAAGUAUUUAUUUUUUGAGAAAACAGCAUUAUUUGCACCCCUUUAACAAACUUCUUGUCUUAUGUUUAAACAGGCUUUGAAGGUGAACAACAUCGUCAGAUUUAUGGAGUGAUGACCAUUCUUUGUUUUAAAUGGAUCACUACUGUCAUCAAAUUUAAAUUAAUAAAAAGAAAUCGAUUGUGGAACGCAGGAGCUGUUACUCAAGAGUCGCUUCAAAAUAGUAGCUUGGGAAAAUCUCUGUAUCUUUUAGAGUGAAAGAAAAAUAAAAAUGCUGUUCGUUUUUUCGGAGUAUGUGCAUUCGUUUUGUCUGCAACUGAGCUUAUGAAAUGCUCAAAUGAUUAUGUACUAUAUAAUCACUUGUAACUGUUGCUGUCUCAAACUCAAUCCAUUCUUCAUUUCCUAUAGAAUAUUUUUUUUAUAAAUUUUUCCGCGAAAACUUCCGAAAAACUGUAAAAACCCCAUAGAUUUCAUGUUUUUGUGGCAAAUAUAAACGCGCGUCUCCGCGAUCAGUUUAUCAUGAGACAUUGCGCUAAUAAAUAAACCUCGCGUGGUAAUUUUUGUUUCGCUUUUUGUCUUAAAGCAGCUGAACAUUGCUACGAUGCAUUUCCUCCCUGAUAAGUAAAACCACGAAUUUGGAAAUCAAACCAUAGAAAUACAUUGCUUUGCAAGUGAAAAUCAGACUUAUACAGGAACAUGUCUUUUUGGCGUUGAGUCUUGAAAGUCUUUAAAAGGCCAAGAAAACCUACUGCUGAAAAAUCUACGAGUGAAAACCCGCGUAGAAAACAUCCGAUUUUUGUCAUGGCGAAUAGUUUUUGUAGGAAAGUACGGUAUUCAAAGCACCAACGAAAAGGACUGUAAUUUUACGCGCGAGUUUUCGAUUUCCCGCCAUCAGAUUUGAUGCGCCCACGCUAUUGUCGUUCAGCGGAUUCACGCAUGCGCAUGCAAAAUGCCCUCCUGUUCUAUUGACCUAGCAGUUGCAAAAAGAAAGCCCUAAUUGGCUAAAGUAGUUUUAGCCUGCGAGCGCAGACAUAUUUCCGGCCGUCGCUUCUCUCCCCUCAAAAAGUACUUUUUCACCCGAAAAACGACGACCGGAAACGCGUCUGCCUUCACCGGCUAUAGUAUUUCAGGCUUGAAUGGGAUCCGAAUCCAUGAGCUAUCAAGCCAACUCGGAAUUGUUUACAAGUGUUCUCAUCUUUGACAACGUUCAGCUUAUACUCAACAUCCUUCACUCAUAGUUUCAGCUCAUUUUUAACAGUCGUUUUCUCUAUUUCAGUGCCGCAGCUACUCCGUACUGUGAAGAGUUUGUUGUGUCUGUUGUACUUGGAAAAGACGUAGUUCCUAGGUGAGCAACCUUUUUGUAGCUUAUACCUUGCUCUAUUUUACUGCACCUUUUGAGCUGGCGAGAGUUUAAAGCUCUAACUCGCAGCUCUUUGUUGGUCAGCUUCGUCAUUUGUUUUGUCAUUGCAGAGUAAAAUUGACUUUAAUUUUAAUUAGUAAUUUACAAUUUCCAAUAACAAUCUUUGCAGAGAAAUAAACUUUAUUUACAAUUGCAAAAUGUUUUAUGAGAGCCUGAGGGCCGCGUUAGGUGGGAAGUUUCUCGUUAGCCACCAAGAUAGAGAUAUUUUUCCGAGAUUUUGCCCGCCAUUAACAUCGUUAUUUCUGAAGUAGUACUGCAUUGUACCUUCUUAGCUUAAUUCUUUUUAUGUCCAAUGCAGAUGAUGGAGGUGGCGGGAGGGCAAGUGUGAUAUACAUAAAUCAUAAACCUCUUUACCGACUUCUCCUUUUAAACGUUUUUAACGUGUUUCGUUCGCGAGUUGCUCCGCAUCAUCUUAAAAUUCAGAGCAAGUGAUGUCACUAUAUCAUCACAUUCACUUGUGUAACCAUGCCUAAUUGUUAUUUAAGAAAAUACACAAUUCUAGCUAAACAGGUUUUCUUAAAAUUUCACUUCCUUGUAGGAUGGGAGUUAAAAGUGGUGACGAGUUGCGCCACGAUCUUGCGUACGUAAUCAGUAGAUGCUCAGUACCAAAGGUAACUUGUUUUCAUUACAUCUCUUCAUCACUUUUUCAUCUUUUAGUAUUUUUCACUUAAGCGCUUAUUAAAAUGUUCCAUUUUUUCGUCUUACUUUUGAAAAGAUUUGACACUCAACCUCCAGGAAUCAACUCUUUCCAGCUGUAGAGAGUUGAAUACAUGUGUCAGAUCCUGAUCAACCAAGAGCGUCAAUGAAGUUUGACUGAAAUAAGCAAGCCCGUUCAAAGCGACUUCCUUUUGCGUUCGUAAAAGGAGCUAUGUCACUAGGAUAUUGCUAUUUCAGAUUAAAUCUGUGCUGAAAUGAUUUACUCAGUACCUUCGCACAUACAUAAAAUGAUCCGCCGGAGAUAUGAAGAAGAUAUCACACAUGUUUCCUGGGGGCGUUCUAACCGUCGUAUAUUUUUUGAUGAUGUUUUUGCCGGCAUAGCAUUAAACUUGAAAAAGUCAGCUUACUUCGUCAAGUUUCCAUCCUUUCAAUCCGUUGCGAAGAGACGACAGGAAACAGUUGCAGUGCCUAAAUGUAGCCGUAAAUAACAAAAGUGGACCAUUAUUUAUAAAUUCAAUUGAGGCAAAGACAAGUUUCAGCUUUUUAAAAAUAUAGCCAACAGCUUAAAAUAAACCCUUUUAACACUGCCUGCUUUUUUCCAUUUUAAAAGCGUUUGUUAAAUUGUGCUUCCACUCUAACAUUUCUGUUUGUUUUUAUUUGUUCACAGUACCGUGUGUUAGUGAGCGGCUGCUGGCGAGCCUUGUUCUCGUUAUUCGGUCCCAGUUCUCAACCGGGUCAAGGUUGGCCUUUUUUCUCUUCCUCUCGGCAAUACAGAUCCACUCAUCUUACAUGGGAAAAUAAUCUUACUCAACCUCUCCUUGAAGGCAUAGAAGGUAUACUGAGUAACAAUAAAGCUGCUGAACAUAAGCUAAGAUAAUAGUAACAUUGCUAUUUUUGUAAAUAAAUCGAAGUUGUAAUCAUCUUAAGCAAGUUACUGUAACCUCUGGAACGUUAUGUAUAGUGAACAUUUGCAAUACAGAACAGCAAAAACGUUUUAAUAAUAUAAGUAAUUUUGGUGACGAUGAUGACGAUAAAUUCGAUACAGGUUAAUACUAAUGAUUAAAUGAAUAGGUGAAACGUUACCAAAAACAAUAGUAGAGUGUUGUAGUUAGUUCUGGGACGCAUAAGCUAUGCUUGUGUUUUGUUUGUUUGUGUUUUUGAAGUGUUAAUGCUGUGCUGAGCCAGAUGCCUUCACUGCCUUCAUAUCCGUUUAGAGAUCAUUUUGGCUUACAGUAGUAUAGUAUAACUGGUAGUUGAACUGUCAGUUCAACUGUUGGUUUUAUAUAUGAUUUGUCAAAAUGGUCUCAUACCCCCAUAUACUAUACUACUACUUACGCUUGUCUUUGUCGAUUUCAAUGCCAUAGAGCGUUUUCACAUGACGUCAAAUCCGCUAUAUUAGGGAGCUUUUGAGCGACGUACGUCAACCGGAAGUGAGGUCUUUUAUUCAUUUUGGAAUAUAUUAACGUUACCAAGUUUGUAUUUCUUAGUCUCUUUCUUAUAAUAAAGACGUUUUGUCCAAAUAUUUGGGCAAAAUUACCUCUCAAGAAUGAAAAAAGUCCACUUCUGGUUGACGUGUGUCCCUCAAAAACGACUUUGCUUAAGUUCACUAUUGGUGUCCCAAAACAAUUAACCGGCGGCCGUAUUGGUGUUCGCAGCCAAUCCCGUGGGAGCUGAACCUUUCCUAAGGUGAAAACAUUAACUUUCGUUUGUUCUAAUAAAGUGGCAUAACUGGUGGCUCUUUGAGUGAAAACGCUCUAUAAAGUCGCUUUAAGUACAAAAAUUUGCUGUCACUUUGUCAAUGGUUUGAACACAAAAUAUAAUUUGGUCGUAUGAUCGAAAUUUUCUAGAUGAGACGUUAGGCCUGACGGGUGGCGAGGCCUCUCACGGCUACGUGGGUGAAAAUGAGCGGGAACCAGUACCAGUAUCCUUGCCCCCUGUCUCCGCUGAGCAGCUCUUUCCAGCUGGCAAGAUUUUACAAAUGGAGGAGAGGCCUUCUUGCAGGUAAGACUUCUGCUAAUGUUUUGACGCGGAAAGCAUUUCCCUGAUACAUACUUGUUCAAAGCAAAAAUUAGGAUUUUUUUAAAGUUGAUUUUUGGAGUGGCGGAAGGAAUGGUGCUUGUCGCCAAGAAAGUGGUUAUCUCAUUUCCCUGGGGCCUCCUGAACAAACACAGACGUGUUGCUCUAAGGACGAUAGGCGCAAAUUCAUUACAACUCAUAUGUUCUGUUAACAUUUAACCUGGGAGCUUCGAACAUUUCGGUCCAGGUCUUUUUGUGAUAACCAAGAGCAAUGCUGACUCACCAAGUAAUAGAUAAAAAAGACUUAAUAAUUUGAGAUUUUCUUUGCUUCAAAGACUCGAAGCAACGCAGUAUGACAUCAUGUGGGCGGAUAAAGAGAAUUACGCAAAGAUAAUCAUCCACCCCAGCAUGAUUAGCGACCACAUGCCUGACCGUGUUAUGAGGGCCUUGGAAAGAGUUUCACUCCUCAUACGGGAACAUCACAACGUCCAAGAAGUGUAGUUGGACAAGCGUUGCGGUGACUAGAAACGAAGAAACUAGCGGUACUUUUGCCUUUAUAGUGAUGGAGCUGUGCAGCCGAGGUUUGGUUAAAAACAUAAAAGUGGGACUGCCUCCCUUGAAAUUUAUUAAGUGUAAAAAGAUGGCUUUAGUAACCUAUGACUGGGAUGAAAAUGGUAUGCAACCAAAAAUAGGAUCACGCCCAGCAAAAGUUUAAAAUAAUGAUACCUUCAACUUGAAGAAUGGUACUACAAGAGUAUGGCAUUUUAGGCAUCCUACUGAUGAACAGUUGCAACUUUUAGAUAUAUGCUGGAACAGUAAUUAUUUAUAGUCUUUCACCAUCGAAGUAGAAAAAAUGGGCUACAUUCAACUGUCACCAAUAAAGUAAGGACAUGUAAUCGCUUUCCUGUCGUCAAACCAUCGUGACAUCAUUAAUAGCGUGCACAACGUCUUGGUUUUCAUUGCACGCCAAGUCUCAAGGACAUCUGUCUUGGAGCAAGAUAUGAUGAAAAUUAUAGCUAAAUUCAGAUAGCCUAUUGGAAAAUAGCCAACUCAUAAAGUUUUUAAGUGUUUCCACCAGGAGAUAAGGGCAAGCGUGACAUGCACGAACGUGAGAUUAUUGCGUACUGUUAUACGUGUCUCUGCCAAAUGAGCUUAUAGGAUGUCUGUGAUGGUACAUGGAGAAUUUCAAAAUACUGUUUCACAAAAUGAACGAUAUAUAUGAAGAAAAAAGAACCAUCAACAAGCUCAUGGAGGCCUCCUCGUUUGGUGGUAAUUCAUUUCCUGCAUAAUUAAGGAUAAAAUUAUGUUUUAUCAAUUGAUUGAUAACCCUUAUACGUUCGAGUCAUCAUUUUCCUUUGAGGAAAGUGCUUUUACUGAAUUGGCUAAAUAAAAUAAAUUGAAGAUUAUAUUUUUAGGCAACUAUUAAAUAGUGCUUACACAGUGUUGUAAUAAAUUUCAGGCGAGAUUUAUUAUAGGUUAAAUUAUUUUGAAAACGGGUUCUCGCCUUUGUUAUACAUGUAUUAUGAAUUUUAAAUAAAAAAUUGUAGCCAC